AGUCGACCCAAGAAGUCCAACACCGAUCCCAUGUACAAGAACGACCAUCCUGCCGUGCAGUAUGACACGCGCGGUCAGCCCGUCGAUGCCUAUGGACGCCCCAUCGCCAUGGCAGCCCCUGUGCCAUACACCAGCAGCGCAUCGGUAGGCACUGUGGCGCCUAUCAAACCAACGGUCGCCGCUCCCUCCGGCUUCCGAGACUGGCCUUUCGCAAUCUUGUUUCUUGGCAACAUUGGUGCGAUUAUAGUGUUGCUGAUCAUGUACGGAUCGACGGUGUUCAAUUCGCUGAAUGGUACCUCCAAGACGGCGUUCCCCUCAUCGUCCUCUACGUUUUCGUCCGACAACGUCACGACGAUCUUGUACUUGUGCGCUGGAUUGACGGUGAUCGCGGCAGUGCUGUCGUUGGCCAUGCUCAGCUUCACGAUCCGCUAUGCGCGUCAGAUGAUUCAAAUCGCGCUGUGGUGGAGUGUCGUGAUGUUUUUCGGGUUUGCCGCGUUUGCAGUCAUCAAGAAGAAUUACACGGUGGCCAUCGUGACGGGGAUCAUCGGGUUGUUCGCGCUGUGCUACGCGUACGCCGUACAGGAUCGCAUUCCGUUUGCGGCGGCCAACUUGCGUGCCGCGGGCGCUGCCAUCCGCAAGCACCCGUCCACGCACUUGGUUGCGUUUGUGUUUUUGCUGGUGCAGAUCGCGUGGGUGUUUGUAUGGGCGUUUGCCGUGGUGGGGAUCACAAACAAACUGACGGAAAACUCGACCCCGGCGCCUACUUCGCGCACCGCGACCGUCGCCAGCGGCGGUCGAUGCAUCGCGUCCGCGCAAUGCUUGACCAACUAUUGCACCAGCGGCGUGUGCAAAGAACCGAACGUGUACGCGCAACUCAAGAGCACGUCGUACGUGGCGUACUUUUUCCUGCUCUUGUCGUUCUUCUGGGGCGUCCAAGUGUUCAAGAACAUCAUCCACGCCACGGUGGCCGGCACGGUUGCAACCUGGUGGUUUUCCAGCGACUCCAAGGGCGCGACCGGCGCGUCCCUUGGCCGCGCGACCACGACGUCAUUGGGGAGCAUCUGCUUUGGCUCGUUGAUCGUCGCGGUGUUGCAAACCCUGCGGCAAUUGGCGGAAGAAGCCAGUCGCCAGGGCGACUGCGCGGCAUGCAUUGCGCAGUGUAUCCUGGGCUGCCUGCAGAGCCUCAUGGAAACGUUCAACCGGUGGGCAUUCGUGUACGUGGGCAUCUACGGGUACAAGUUUAUGGACGCCGGCCGCGCCGUGAUGCAGCUGUUCCACGACCGCGGGUUCGACGCGAUCAUCAACGACGACCUGGUGGGGACCGCGCUGACCUUUGCCGCGUUUGGCGUCGGGUGCCUCUGUGCGCUGCUGGGGCUCGUGUACUAUUACAUUGACGUGUCCAACCAGUUUCAGUAUGCCGAGUACAUUUUGCCCUUGACGGGGCUGUUCUUUGGCCUCGGAGUGGCGAUUAUCCCCAUGGGAGUUGUGGACAGCGCCGUGGCCACCAUCUUCGUCUGCUUUGCCGAAGACCCCGUCGCGUUGCAGCACUCGCAUCCGGAACACUUCAAUGAGCUCAUGACCGAGUGGCACCGCCAGUACCCUGAAAUCAUGGUCGCGUCGGGGUACUACGUCGUGGCGUAAACCGUGUUAAUCAUACUUACUACCCAGAGAUUACUUUCCAUAAGAUAGUUGGUUGUGGAAAAGUAGCAAC